AUGAAUUGUACGAAUUGUAAAAUUGAUAAAUUAUCUCGAGAGUUUCCAUCUGAUACUAUUGGUAAAAACUGUUUUCACAUGCCAAGUUUUUGUUUACGGUGUAUAAUAGAAAACCUUGAUGUUAAAAAGUCAAAACUAAUUUGUCCUGAAUGUAAAGGGCAUCUUUCAGAUCAAGAAAUUAAAAAACUAAAUUUGGCAUGGGAAAAUGCACCAUUUAAAAUUGAUCCUUGGAAAUUUUCGACAAUCACACAAAGAGAUAAUCUGAAUAAUCUUGAAAAAGGAGAAUUUUUUGUGGUAUUAUUAAAUGGUACAAAAUUACAAUUUAGAUUGGACAAGAUCAAAACUGUUGUGGCUUUAAAAGAAGCCAUAGAGGAACAAACUAACGUUGAAGUUAAAAAACAAAGAUUAAUUUAUAAAGAUGUUGAAUUACACACUCAUUCAAGAAAUGCUCCAAAUCAAUUAUCCGAAUAUUCAAUAGUAACCGGAAGUCACCUACAAUUUAUGGUGUUAUUAUAUUCCAUUUCAAAAGAAUUAUCCAUAAACGAAUUAACUUUUGAUCUAAACUGGGGAUAUUCGUCUUGUAUAGUUGAUUUUUUAGAUGGUACUUGUAUGCUUUAUACAGGGAGUUGCCUUUGGAGAAUUUUUGAUUAUAGUAAGAAAAGGUACGAUGAUAUUCCUCAUAUGUCACAUUCUGGUGACGUUUUGGACAGCAACAACAAGAGAGCAAAUUUAGCAUUUAUGCCGGCAACGGUUACAAAAUUAUACUUCGUCCUAAGUUCAUUUGGUUCUCCAGAUAUCGGGAGUGUUAAAGAUCCUUCGUUUAAAUUAUUUGAUCCUUCAAAUCCAAAUGUACAAUUAUGUUCUUAUACUUUAAAAUCUGCUGCUAAAUCACGAGCUGUUAUAGUUUGUGUGGUUGAAAAGAGCAGAUUCGGUAAUUGGAAUAUAUUUGAGAUUGGCAAAUUAUCAGACGGUUAUGCAGACAAUUAUACACCAAUCACAAAUACUAUCAAAGAUAUGAAUGACAAUUAUUACAUUUCAUAA